UUCAACACAGUAGACAACUGAUGAAAAAGAUCCUACAUCAUUGUGUAGACUUGUAAGAGAGAAUUGUGUAUUUUGUGAAUAUUAAUGUUAUUACGUAAAUUGUUUUCCAUGAAGCUGACAAAAUGAGUUCGCCAAAAACCGACUGUUUCAAAGACACAGUGACCGUGCUCAUUAACGCUUUAGGAGAUAAUGAUAAUUCAGUCAACAACGUUGUAAUAAAAUCCCUUGCCAAGAUAGCCAAUGUGUAUCCGAACGAAGUUAUCGAAAUAUUUUGUGAGUUUUAUCAGAAUACGGUUAAAUCGAACCUAAUACAAUUAGGAAACAUUGUUAAAGUCCUGGAACAGACAUGUGUAAACCAAGUGAAGAAAUUAGAUCAGAAGGUAGCAGGAGAACUAGUCAAUUCAAUGCUUCGAGCAAUGACAGAGAAUGUAACAUACGAACCUGUAGUCCAAAUGGGUGCAUCGUCUGUUUUAGUAGCUAUUGGCCAUGAGUACUUGGAUUUGGUACUGCGGUCUCUAAUUAAUCAAAUGACCCCAGCGUCUGUACCUCAUUAUACGAUCGCCCACACGCUGGGUACGCUGGCAGCGGUCAACACGCAUGGAGUGGUACCGCACGUCAAGGAGAUCCUUGGCAAAAUGCUGCCAUUACUUCCUUUGGUCAAACAGGAUGGUGUGAAGCAAGCUUUCGCAUAUGCAUUUGGCCAUUUUGCCGUCGCAGUGUCUGAACAAAUAGGCGAUAAUGUCGAAAACGAUAAUAUAACAUCGAUAAAGGAUAAUUUUGUCACGGAAUUCACGAUCGUAUUUGACGUGCUCUACAACCAGUGGCUACCGUCUCACGAGCCGAAAGUAUCGGAAUCAGUACUCGAAGCCCUCGGGCCCAUCACUAGACUCAUAUCAGAAAGACAAUUUAAUGAAACUGUAAAUAAAUUUGUACUAUCUCUUCUAUCUUUGUAUCGCAAACCGGCGAUCAAUUUCUACUACAUUAGUCAGUGUAUAUCUUACUUAUUGUCACCAUCGCCUUUGAACCCAAAACUGUCCUUGAAUGAUAACGUGAUAAAUUCAAUAAACAACGUUCUAUUUAACUUGGUUCUUUUAGAGCCAGAUUAUGACCAACCUCAUACGGUCAAGAAUCAUUUCGAAGUACUUCGUUGUUUCGACCACAUGGCGGGCCAGUUUCCCGAUCAAACAGUCGAAAACUUGCUGCACCAUUGUAAAAACAACCAAGAGAAAGAAAGAAUGAAAGCUGUUAUAAUUUUAACGCAUUUGACGACAUCGUCUCAAGUUUUUAUUGAAAAUUUCGCAUCAAAGUUCACAACUAUUUUGAAAGUAAUGGUUGUUAUGGAGCAAGGAGUCAAAAUGAAGAAAUUACUUGUCAAAGCGAUAGUUGGACUUGUAUACAGAAAUUGUAUAAUGGCAGCUGAGGAUUUUUCUAUGGUCGAGUUUAUAAUAAAACACUGUGGUUACGAGGGUCCGCCGACUGUUUCGAAAUCGGACAUCCUAGAUUUACAUGACACCUGUAAGAGUUCACUUAUUCUUAUGUGUAACACGGUAACGAGUGUGAGGUCUCAAUUACGUAAUUUGCUACUGCACUCUCUUACUGUUGAUGAAUUCACUUCAUCUAUGUCGACGGUGAGCCAUUGUCUGACCUCUUUGCUGCAAAAUAAUUCAGAUGUCACAACCGAUGACCAGGCUAAUAAGCUUAGUGAUAUGAUAUGCUCUCCGGAUCUCGUUUUCGUACGAUGCAUCACACACGUAGUCGAUCCAGAUCAAAUAGAUUUGAAUAAGAACUUGCUUCUAUUUCUCGAAGAAUUUUCCGGAGACGUGCAUAAGAAUUUGAAAAAUUCUUGGACCGUAGAAAUUCAGAGAUUAUUGAAAUAUGUCGAAAAGAAUGAAUCGAAGGAGCAGUGGCACGGAAUGUUGUUGGAUCUCAUGAUAUCUGCUGUGGAACAGGUGAACAGCAACAAGUGGGUGGAAACAAUAUCAACUUUAAUAUCUCAGCAAAUACUUUCCAAGAAACAGUCGCCUAUGAUUAAAGGUGUAUCUCUUCAAUAUAUGGCCAUACUAUCAUGUCAUAUGUCAAAUGCCGCUGUAGUUGAGACAGUCCUUAAAAUAAUACUAUUCGCUCUGAAAUCUAUUCCAAUGGAAAGCGUUGAUUAUGUUAGUAAAGCAGUUGGUAUUGCGUCGCGAGAACACGGUGAAUUCGUCCUCAAUGAGUUGGAUGCGACAUAUAAAGAAAAUGAAGCUAGACGAGGCAAUAAAUUGCUUAAUUUCUUAUCAUCAAGAUCGUCGAAGACCGAAGUUGAAUUAUCAGCAGUCAAAUAUGCAGUUAUAACAUGUUAUGGGAAAGUUGCCUGUGAGUGUCUCGAUGUGCACGUCUUGGCUAGGUUAGGGGAAAAUGUUACAUCAAUAUUGUUUGAAAUCUUAAAGUCUAAUCCACCUUACGACUUGUGCAAGGCCAGCGUUGCAACUUUAUACGAGGUGGGUAAAGCACUACAUCCGGCUGCACAUCAUAAUGUGGCUUUGAGAAAUCGCUGGCAACUGUUGAACGCUGUUUUAGAACAAAUUUAUAACGCAAAUCUGGAUAAACGAAACGUUGAACUUUAUCCAAUUAUUGUAAAAGCAUCGAAAGCCCUGACAAAAUUACAAAAAGGUAUCUUGCCCGAAGAAAGAAAUACGAUCCUGAGAGUUCUAUUUAACAGCAUUUUCGGAGAACUUUCGUCUUUUAAAAGAAAGUACGAGAUAGAAGGAAACGGUGACAAAAACGACUUAUUAGCGAAAACGUUAAACGACUCGUUGUCUCUUUUGCACGAUUUAAUUAGAGAGUUAAUUAUCCAAUCAACCUGCUUGAGCACGAUUGAUGAUAUCGUCAGCUUACUAAUUGAAUGGAUGCGUCACGACAACGACGAAAUUCGUACAGCUGCUGUAUUAAUAAUGCAAGUAGUGUUAGAUGCAUAUAUAAAAAAUGUUACACUUAAUUAUGAGACACCGAGCAAAUUUGGGCAGAUGGGUUACUUACUCGGCAUAAUCGUCCCAGGUGUUGCUGAUACAAACUUCCCAGUAAGGUUAACUACGGUUGAUUGUAUUAAACUAAUAAUCCAGAUACAGGACUUGUAUGAAGGUCACACGAUUGAACCGGAAGACGAAUGCAUGUCGAACCUUUCGCAGCUGCAGAAUAAUAUAUUGACUAACGAUUUGAACAUGAUAAGUGAGUAUUGUACGAAAUUGUGCGACGCUAUAUGGUCGAAAAUACCACAUUUACAUACGAUGCAAUUCAUAGAGAGUCUCCUAGAAGGAUACGAUAAUCAAGAAUUUAGGAGUGUUGGGAUUAGUUCGAUUUUAGAUGAAUUUGUUUUAAAGAAAGGUCAGGAUCUGUUCCAAAAUAUAGAACGGAUAGUCGAGGUGUUACUUUUGACGAUGGAUGAAGUGGUUGAUGAUGCUAGGAUGAGACUUAUGAGGCCGCUGACGUCAUUGACACGUCACCAUUCAAACGCCGUCACCGCUGUGUUGCUUGCGCAAAAGCUGCCAUUGAAAUCAUGCGUUGUAUCUUGCUGGCGGUACUUGGCUAGAGAUGAAAGUCUAUCUGCUGUCAUCGUAGAUAACUUCCUACGUCUGAUGACGUCAAUCGAACUUUACGAGGACCCUUACCACAUCACUGAAAAUCACAUUGCUGCGUUACAGCCUCUGACUCUCAUAAGUGCCCUUGGUGAGAUGUUACAAGAGGAAGCCAUGAGACCAAUAUGUCUCGCUAAGUUCCCUGAUCUCUUCGCGGUCUUAUAUACGACGCUAGCAUGCUACAUGGAAGCAGAACCUCCCGCGUACUCCUUACCACAGAACAGAGUACAGGAGAGGUUCGGCUUCGUGCCAAACAGGGAAUCCAUCAAGUUGUCUCCUGCUAAGAUAACCAUUAACACGUUUAACGCGUUUUUGGAACGCGCUGAUUGUUAUAAGGUGAAGGAAGCGUGCUCGCUGUGCCUGACGGUGGAGCACGGAGACAGCUCCAGCACGCUGCUGGAGCUGGCGCCGCUGCUGGGCGGGGCGCUGAGCCGCGCGCUGCCGGCGCAGCUGCAGCGCGUGUCGGUGCGCGUGGCGCACUACGCGCGCUCCGCGCUGCCGCCGCAACGGUGCGCCGCGCUCGCGCUGCUGGCCGACUUGCUCAACUACCGCUGCAACGACAACCCGGUGCUGAUCGAGUGCGUGCUGUCGGCGCUGAGCACGGGCUGGAAGGACGAGCACGGCCGCGUGCGCGCGGCGUGCCUGCGCGGCGCCGCCAACGUGUGCCGCCUGCGCGGGCCCACGCGCGCGCACGCGCUGCCCGCCGCGCUCGCCGCGCUCAGCCAGGGCGUCGACGCGCAGCAGAUGCCAUCCCCAUUCGAAAACGUUCCCCUCGCAGCUAUUCAAGGUCUGAGCCGCCUCAUCACGGAAACUGAUAAACUCGACCAGGAGUUCGACAGAGAACUGCUCUCGAUAUCGCAAAAAAUACGUCCGUUCAUGAACACGGACUGCCCGCUAUUGAGGGAGAACUCCAUACGGCUGUUCGGUAUUAUCGCGAGUCGGGUGCAGUCCGAAGCGCUCGUGGAACAGGCCGUGGCGUCUUUGCCGUGCUUCCUGCUGCAUCUGUGUGAUAAUAACCCUUCCGUAGUCAGGGCGAGUAAAUUCACGCUUCGUCAAGUUUUCAAAACGUUCAAUGUGAAGAAGUCAAACGAUUUCGUUCAAACCCAUCUUUUGGACGAGGGCCGGUUGUACUUGGACGAGUUCCUGACAGCCCUCGUGCGCCAGCUCGCUGACGAGAUGCCGUCUUCCAUUGUCAAGUGCCUGCAGACAGCCGUGAACUAUCUGCAUUGCGCUAGAGAAGAGAUCAAACCGCACCCUCCAUUGUUGUUGGGCAUUCUGUACGCGGAGCUGUACCGCAUCCGCGACAAGUACCCCGAGGAGACGCGGCUGGACGGCGCCGUGUCGCGCGGCGCGCGCGCCCGCCUGCUCGCACUCGUGCGCGACGGCGACGCGCGCGUGCGACAACACGCCGCGCUCGCGCUCGCCAACCUCAGCCUCGUUGACGCGCGCGGCGGGUGACGCGCGCGCCGCCCCCCGCCGCGCCACGGCCGCCUGAGGAUUGUACGCCCCCAGUGAUUGUACGCCCUAGCUCGGGCCCUCCGCGCUGGCGGUAUUUACUCGCAUAUUAAUAUUUUGGAUCGUGAAUCGAAUCGAGUUAUAAAUAAAUAUAAGCUUCGUCUGUGUUAAUAAAGAUAUCUCAUAUAUAUUUCCAUGUAAUAGUUGUCAAUUUUCGUAUUCGCAAAUUUUACUAUAAAAAUAGAACUUUCAGUAACGCGUAGCAUAGCAUUAAUUCAAUAUAUUGACAGUAAAAAUAAUGCGUCGAAAUUUGCAAUCUUCGUUUCGUGUUGUGUCGUUCCACUAUAUGUAGUCAUUAAAUUUCUUCAUACGAAUUCUUUUUCUUUUCGAAACAAAUAAUCAUAUUAUUUUCAUUCAAAACCGCGACUUUUAUUAGAAAAAAAUAGUUACUUGAACGUAAACCUCGUGUAGUGAAUCGACGAUCUAACAUCGAUGAGACUAAUUCAUAAUAAAUAAAGCCUUAUAAUGUUAAUUAUGAAUAAAAUAUUUGAAUAAUAAUAAUAAACGUAUAAUCUAUUCCGUAAAUUUACCAUUAUUAUAACUUAAUAAAAAUAUAUUCUAAGAUGAGUUAUAGAAAUUAAUACAUAUAGUCAUAGUGUAAGUUAUAUUGUUCGUAAAAUAUAUAUGAAGUUUGAUCGCUAGUUGAAUAGCUUCUGCUGUUAAUAUAAGCGAAAAUUAUAUUUAAAAGUGAAAAGUGUUAUAUCCCAUCAGCCUAUAUAACAUGAUCUAUACAACUCAAUCAUUGUAUUACAAUUGGCCAAAUGUAUUUAAAACAAUUUGUAGCUUUUGUAGAAGAUUUCGUUCCGUUUUCCGUUAUAAAUAAAAAUUUUAAUAUGUAUAUGUAAUAUUCGAUUUAUUAUUAAUCUAGUUGAAAUGUACUUAUAAUUGGAAUGAAAAUUACUAUACAGCUUAAGAUGAUGUACACUUUAAUAUAAUUUAUUAUUUGUAAACCAAAUACGAUUAAUUCGAAGCUUAUUAUAAAAAUGAAUAAAACGUUUUAUUUUCAAGCACAUAAUUAAUAAUUUUUCUCGAUACUUUUUGUUAAUCCAUUCAUGGCCGUGGCAAGCUAUAUUAUCAUUUACGCCUUAUGUCAAUUACACUUACCCUUAUAUGAUUUAUUUUACUAAAUAUUUACGGUUGCUCAAUCAGCUUGAUGCUAACCGUUCCUCGGAAUGUUUUUGUUGGUUACCAAAAAAAACCCUUAAUACGCUCUUGGUAGCUUACGUCUUGAAAAAGAUUAGUUGUAUUCUACUUUACCGAAAUCAUAUGGCAUGUGGGUAAAUUAGGCGUGGUAGGUACAAUCGCACUACAAAGAAAUGUGAAAAUUGUUCAAAUGAAUCUCGCGGCCGGUUUUAAUUAAAACUAUGCAUUGUUACAUUUUUAAUAUUGGCAUAGCCAGCAGUCCAAUCUGUUAUCUUUUGUCGAAGUUAAUUUUGAAUAUUUUUUAUCUGGCAGUGUCAGUAAUAAGGAUGAAAUUAUCGGACGUAAUGUUAAUCGGCAAAAUGGAAAAGUGCUCGUUUUCAACAAAUUGUAUUGGUAAAGUAAAUAUUUAAAUUGGGCUUUUGAGCUUAUUUUUUCACACAACGAGACUACGAUUAUACUUAUUCACACUUGGCAUCAUAAUUCUAAUUUUAAAACAUAAAAAUUAGAUUUUUAGCCUGGCAAUGAGUAGGUUAACAAAAAGUAACACUAAUAAACAUCUAAAAAUCUACACAAACAUUCAUAGUUGAUUAAAAUAUUAUAUAACAAGAACAUUUUCGAUCGCAAGCCGCGUAAAGGACAUUUUGACGAAAAUGUUUUUUUAUCGGUGAAUCCACGUUGUGAUAUUCGCAACAUUACGUCACAUACGACAAACGUUUUAUUUUUUCUUUCAAUAAAAAAAAAAUCAUAUUAUGAUACGAUGUUAAAAUAUAUGGAAAAUAUAUAACUACUGUUUUUAUUUUCUAUUUUUAGGUCUUUGCUUUUGUAAAUUUAUGUUCUGUCUUUUAUGUCUUUUGUAAUCUGAGGCGUUUUAUGAGCGAAUUUCGAAAUCGUUUUUAUAAUCUGUGUAUCGAUAUUAUUUUCAACGAAACAGACAGUUUUAACUGUUUUUUUUUUUAAUUAAGGCACCAAGAAAUUAUUCGAAUGGAAUUUGGAUCAUGUUUGUAUUUAUUAUUUAAUUUACGCCUAAGUUCAACACAGUUUUAAAAAGAUGUUUAGUUUUUAAAGAAUAUUUUUUUCGAAAUUUAUCUUUAAUUGUAAUAAUUGCGUCGUCAUUUGUAUUAUUGUGUCCUCAGAACAGAGUCUAGUAUGUACAAGGAGCAUCAAUUUAUACAUAUAAGUAUAUAAUUUGCCAUGUAUUUUUAUAUAUAAUAGCUUAUAAAAUAUGGUUAAAUUAUUAUUAUUAAAUCCUGAUCAGUUGAGAUUUGGAUUAACUAAACAUAUAUCAGACAUUCCUUGAUAAUAAGCGUUAAUAUUAUCAAUAAUAAUAAAAUAAUAUUAAACGUCACAAGUUCAAUGAAAUUUUCAGUUGGAUCUUUGUUCUUGAUUUUGUUAAAAUUUCCAAAUCUAAAAUGUUAAUGAUGUAAACGAGACUGAAUUGAGAAAUGUCUGUUGAUUAGUAUCGAAUAAAUAAUUUGCCUUAAAUAUUGUUACAAAUAAAGCUAUAUAUAGUUAUUAUAAUAUUGAAUAUAUACGAAGAUUAUAUUAUUUGCUUGUAUAUUAAAUAUAAUAUGUUUUGUUAAAAUUUAAAUGUUAAAGUCUAACGUGAAAAGUUUUAACUCAAAUCGAAUUGGUAGAUUCUCAAUAUUAACAUGUUCAUACAUACAAUGUUGUAUGUCGUUAUAACCGAUUCAAUUUUAUAGGACAUUAAUAUUAUAGCAAUAUAAUCAAUUGAAUACUUUGAUUAUUUGUAAAAAUAAAUAUUAAAAGUAAAACAGAACUCUAAAGU